GCCGUUCAACGUUAUUCCCUCUUCUGAGCUCCUGGGAUUUGCUUUGUGCCGUCAGAUUGCUGUAAUUGCAUCGUUAUCCUUCCUUCGGUCUAGUCCAGGCUCGUGGGCUCCUAGGCUUUCAGUGCAUCCGCAGUCUGUAUUGUUUGCGGUGGCAUCUGUUGUGGGGCGUGGGGGUCGCCGCACCUGUGCGGGAGCUCAAGGUGGCUCCUCUAGCUCCUCUACAAGACUGCACAGAGCCGAGUGCUGCUGAGAGACGCUGGGCACUCCAGGGAACUGCAGAAGGACCUAUGGAUCAUGGCGGGAAAGGUGAAGUGGGUCACUGACAUUGAGAAGUCGGUACUAAUCAACAACUUUGAGAAGAGAGGGUGGGUCCAAGUGACAGAAAAUGAAGAUUGGAAUUUUUACUGGAUGAGUGUGCAGACCAUUCGCAAUGUGUUCAGCGUGGAGACUGGGUACCGGCUCUCAGACGACCAGAUCGUCAACCACUUCCCCAACCACUAUGAACUGACCCGCAAGGACCUGAUGGUGAAGAACAUCAAAAGAUACAGGAAGGAACUGGAGAAGGAAGGGAGCCCCCUGGCGGAGAAAGACGAGAAUGGAAAAUACAUCUAUCUGGACUUUGUGCCGGUCACCUACAUGCUCCCCGCUGACUACAACCUGUUUGUAGAGGAGUUCCGGAAGAGCCCGUCCAGCACCUGGAUCAUGAAGCCAUGUGGCAAAGCCCAGGGAAAGGGCAUCUUCCUCAUCAACAAGCUCUCCCAGAUUAAAAAGUGGUCCCGAGACAGCAAGACGGCCUCGUUUGUGUCUCAGUCCACAAAAGAGGCCUACGUGAUCUCGCUCUACAUCAAUAAUCCACUACUCAUCGGCGGGAGGAAGUUUGACCUGCGUCUCUACGUCCUGGUAUCCACAUACCGACCACUGCGCUGCUACAUGUACAAGCUUGGGUUCUGCCGCUUCUGCACAGUGAAGUACACCCCGAGUACCAGCGAGCUGGACAACAUGUUCGUCCACCUUACCAACGUAGCCAUCCAGAAGCACGGGGAGGACUACAACCACAUCCAUGGUGGCAAGUGGACCGUCAACAACCUGCGACUCUACCUCGAGAGCACCCGAGGCAGGGAAGUGACCAGCAAGCUGUUUGAUGAGAUCCACUGGAUCAUCGUGCAGUCUCUCAAGGCAGUGGCGCCUGUGAUGAACAAUGACAAGCACUGCUUCGAAUGCUAUGGCUAUGACAUCAUCAUUGACGACAAGCUGAAGCCCUGGCUGAUCGAGGUUAACGCCUCGCCAUCCCUUACCUCCAGCACCGCCAAUGACCGAAUCCUUAAGUACAACCUGAUUAACGACACCCUGAACAUCGCAGUCCCUAACGGCGAGAUUCCGGACUGCAAAUGGAACAAGUCUCCCCCCAAGGAAGUGCUUGGCAACUAUGAAAUCCUGUACGAUGAGGAGCUGGCCCAGGGUGACGGGGCUGACCGAGACCUCAGAAGCCGUCCAGGCCAACCAGUGGGGCCCAGAGCAGGCCGCUCGAGAGACUCAGGGAGAAAUGUCCUCACAACCUGGAAGUAAUUGGCAAAGAAGAAGGGCCUCAGCCAGGACCGUCCCAUAGUUGCUCUGCUAAACAGCCAUUUUGGAACUUCAUUUUUCUAGAGUGCUUUCCUGAGGCCCUGUAAAAGUGGAGGAGUCCAUGUCAUGAGGGCGCUCAUAUAUGUGUGGAAACGACAGCUUCAUUGUGUAAUGUAUCUUCCUUUUUUAAAGAUUUAUUUUAUUAUUUUUAUUU